AUGGAUUGGUCUCAAGCCACAAUUCAUGUAGGAAAACAGCGAGUCAUUUUGCAGUCUGAACCUAAGUCUAAAUUCACUAUUUUUCCCUCUGAUGAUCUAAGAGCCCAAAUUCUAUAUCAUGAAUGUCAAUUCAGAAAUUACAUGAUUUUGUCUGUUAAUGAGGUAGCAGGAGGUGUAUCACAGCCAAAGGGAGAAGAAAUUUUGUGGUUAAUGGAGUUCGAUGGUAGUUGUGCAGCGUCAGGUUCAGGUGCAGAGGUAGUGUUGAUUCCUCCUUCUGGUACUCAUAUCCCUUUUUCUUUUAAAUUGGAGUUCAAGAACACAAACAAUACAGGUGAGUAUGAGGCUUUGUUAUUGGGUUUAGUUGAAGCCAAGAAACUGGGAGUAAAACUUUUGCAAGUUAAAGGAGAUGCAGAGUUGAUUGUAAAAUAG